AUGGCAACAUCCACGUCCACACACAACAGACCCAGACCGGCGUUCCAAGAUGAGCCCAUCCCCAUAUACCCAGACCUUCCCGGCAAAGUUGCCAUCGUGACGGGGAUCGGGCAGUUCGGCGACCCCUCGGUCGAGGACAACUGGGGCAACGGGGCCGCGGCGGCGUUCGCGCUCGCCCGCUCCGGCGUCAAGGUGUUUGGGUGCGACGUGGACCUCGCAGCCGCGGAGCGCACGAAGCGGCGGAUCGAGAAGCACGUACCGGGCGCGGUCGUGGACGUGGCUGUCGCGGACGCGACGGACUCGGCGUCGAUCGAGACGUUCGUGCGCGCCGUGACACAGCGCCACAACGGCCGCGUCGACAUCCUCGUCAAUAACGUCGGGGGCGCGCAUCGUGGCGGCCCCGUCGAAAUGCCCGAGGAGCUGUGGGACCAGGAACUCACGCUGAACCUCAAAUCCGUCUACCUCAUGUGCCACUUUGUGCUGCCUGUGCUGACCGCCCAACCUGCUGGCGGUGCGGUCAUCAACAUCGGCAGCAUCGCCGGCCUGCGAUACAUCGGCAAGCCGCAGGCCGCGUACGCGGCGGCGAAGGCCGGCGUCCACAUGUUCACCAAGCACACGGCCGUGUACUACGCCGACAAGGGCGUGCGGAUCAACGUCGUCGUUCCCGGGUUGAUCUCCACGCCCCUCGUGUCCCGCAUCGCAGAGUACUACGGCGGCGAUUACGACGAGUUUGUGCGGACGAGGAACGCGCAGGUCCCCACGGGCGAGAUGGGCACCAGCGCCGACGUCGCCAACGCGGUCCUCUUCCUCGCCAGUUCCGUCGCGUCCCGCCAUAUGACGGGCCAGGAACUGAUUAUUGAUGGCGGCAUGACCUCCAGCACAGGCAGUGUCAACAGUGGUAUGGCGGAGAAGUAG